UUUUUCAUUAGUACAAGAGAAUGUGGUCGUUUAUGAACAGCUGAAGCGUGAGCGUGCUUUCAGUAAGUCCGCAACGAAGAGGGGGAAAAUAGUUUAUUUUUGUAUACGUAAUAGACGUGAUUGAAGCGUUGAAAAUUUCGACAAUGUCUAUGCGACCUGACGAUCAUAGACGAAAAUGGAACAGGGAAGAAUACGAAAGGAUAGCACUUCAGCGUCUCCAGGAUGAGAUCGCUGAAGAGGAGCUGGGAAUCCCAAAACAGCCAGCUGUAAAAAGGGAGUUGUUAAAGCAGAGAGACUAUAAAGUUGACCUUGAAUCUAAAUUAGGAAAAAGUGUUGUUAUUAACAAAAAUACACCAUCAUCCCAAACUGGAGGAUACUACUGCAAUGUUUGUGAUUGCGUUGUAAAGGAUUCCAUUAAUUUCUUAGACCAUAUCAAUGGGACGAAACAUCAACGUAAUUUGGGCAUGUCAAUGAAAAUUGAACGCUCUACGUUGGAUCAAGUUAAAGCACGUUUUGCAAUGAAUAAAAAGAAAUUAGAAGAAAAGAAAAAAGAUUAUGAUUUGGAACAAAGAGUAAAAGAGUUGAAGGAAGAGGAGGAGAAAAUAAAGGAGUAUAGAAAGGAAAAGAGGAAAGACAAGAAGAGAAAAAUCGAAGAAGUUAAUGAUGACAAUGGUGGACCAUCUGACGAAAUGGCAGCAAUAAUGGGUUUCUCGGGCUUUGGUUCUAAGAAAAAGUGACAAUGAAGUAUUACCGGGCCGUUUAUGAUAAAAUGCCUUCUGACGAUACACAUGUCUAGAGACAAACAACGGUGUCACUUACCGACUUCUUGCAAAACAGUUCAUUUGUAUAUUUACAUUGUGCAGUACAAGGUCAAGGACAAAUAAGACUGAUCUUAAAUUACGAAAGCUUAUCUUUGAUAUCGAUAUUUAAGUUCUCGGCAGAUCGAAACAUUCUAAUUUACUCCCUUCUUCUUGUACGAUCGAUGUUCCACACGUGUAGAUAUAUUUUAUCUGUAUUCGAUAUAGCUUUUAAUUCGUUAAACAUAAUGAAAGUAUGUUGAUUUAGUGAAUAAAUAUUAACGGUGAAACAAUAACAGAAGUACUGCAACGGAUUCCAUAAAAUUAGAUCUGGUCUCAGGAAUCGCUUUGUCUAUCAAUAUAUAUUUUAAAUUAUCCAUAACUACUACAAAACUGAUCUUUCUAAAAUACAUUUAUAGUUCUUCUGGACCAUCAGUGUUACGAAUAAUCAUUUGAAUAUGCCUCU